AUGGCGGCAGAGGACGACCGCCCAGCGAAGCUGCGGCGGCUGUCCCGCCUUCGCGCGGAACUGCCAUUCACGCAUUGUAAUGCGAUGGCGCAAUUCCUGGCGUCCGUUGAGCGAGACGGAAUCCCCGAAUUGGGAUCCCGACGCCAGGAUAUCAGAGACGCUCGGGAGCCCAUGGUCGGUGAGAACACGCCGUGCGGCAAGCUCCACCAGAACAUGAUAGUCGGGCAGCGCGCGGUGGAGAUCUGCAGUCCAGCAGCAAUGCUGUGGUAUUGCAGCGCCCUCCCCGCGACGCAGCCUCCGUGGCAGCGGGCGCUGGAGCUGCCGCGCCCGUGGCACAUCAUCAUUUACGGCGAUGAAAUAGGCGCUGGCAGCGCGCUGGCGCACGUGCAGAACCGCAAGUCCUGGGGCAUCUACUGGGCGAUCGCGGAAUUCGGCCCGCAGGAUGCGUGGUUCCAGCUCGCGACGAUGCGGGCCAAGACCGCGAACGACAUCCAGCCGCACGGACUGACGAUGCUACUGGACGCAAUCCUCGCGCAGUUCUGGCCUGAUCAGGGGCACAACUUCAGCGCAGGCAUCAGCUUGCGGCUGCGCCCCGACGGCGCGACGGAGCUCAUCCAGAUGGACCUCGUUCGGGAUAUAGUUGCUUCUGAUGCGACGGGUGUCGCUGUUCACCGCUCGGAACCAGAUGCGUCGCGGCUGCAGCCGAUGACGGCGCCGUUGCUCGAUGCCAUCUGCAACAGAUUGAUCGAAGGGGUCAACAUCAUGAACAAGGGCGAGUUCCAGGACUGGUCGUUUCCAGGGUGCCACUCCAUCUCCCCCGACACGCGCGCGAUCUUCGGCGAGAAGCGCGCGAGGCGUCAGGCAGACGCGGAUAAGCUGCAGGCUGCGGUUAACAUGUGUUUGCUGUCAUGCAGCAGCGUCUUUGGCAAGGAAACGAUGGCGCAGAAGUUCCAUUACCUGCACCACUUCGCCAACUACGCGAGGCGUUGGGGCCAUGUGGCGCUGCCGUCGUGCUGGGUUUUGGAGCGCAAGCACAAGACCAGCAAGCGCUUUGCGAACGCUCUUCAGGUUAACUGCCUGGUUAACGCCACCAGGCCGUCCAAGGCCAUCUCGCGCGAACUGCUGCAGCAGUUCGGGCCUGCGGACUUUGUUACGUCCGCUGCAGCGCGGUGCCGCUACCACGACGUCAAAUACGGCGACGUCGUGCUGUUGGAGGACGGAGGAGGGGAACACAUUGCGGCCGAGGUGUUGAAACUCCUCUCCUUCACCAAGAACGGCCACUACUAUGGCUUGAGCUUGGUCCUGCCCUACUUCUUCAAGGAGAAGCUGCACCCGCGCGCCUCCGCGCACGUGCUCGGCGGCGAUGCCGACGCCAUUUGGGCGCACACGGCGAGCAUCGCGUGCUCGCUCGCGUGGGCGCCGCGCGAGGGCGGCGGCAUCCCGGCAAUGCCGCUGGAGAUGGCGGCGCAGAGCGCGGCGCAGGCGAACUUCGCCUGCGCCGCGCUCAGCCGCGCCAGGCUGCCGCUCGACGCGGUGGCCGCGCUGGCCGUGGCCGCGUGGGGGCUCGCCGCUCUGGAGGGCGCCUUCGUCGGCGCCCGCCCCGAGCAGACGCUCGAGGGCCCGCGCCUGCUGCAGAAGCGCGAGCCUGCCGUGGCGCGCUUCCGGUCGGCGACCCACCAGGCCGGCGUGCCCAACUUCCGGGCGAUCCAGGCCCGGAAGGUGAAGCUGCCGAGCGUGAGCAACAUGAAGGACCAGUACUACAUCAUCUGGGUCCGGUCCGCAAAGGUUAAGCAGUGGAAGCCCAUCAACAUCAUCAGUGGUGCCGAGAUGCUGAAGAACAUGAAGAAGAUGGGGGAGAACGACGUGGCCAAGGCCAUCGGCGUCGGCGGGAUCGCCGACUAUCAGCUCGUCAGGUCCAUCGGGCUGCAGCUCUACCAGCAGAAGGACGAGGUGAGAAAGAACGCUAUCUCGAUGCACAAGAUGCUGAAGUACGCGAAAGAGCUCCAGUUCGGCUUCAAGGAGAUUGCCAACAACACGGAGUUCAACGCCCAGCCUUUCAAGUUCAUGAGCCCGAAGAACGUCAGCCUCAUCCCUCCCGAGGAGGAGCUGCGCAACAUCCUCGACGACGCUGGCGAUGCCGUCAAGGACGCAAGCACCGAGAUCAGCAAGGUCGGCGACAACAUCAAGGGCUUCUUCGGGAACAUGCGCUGAGGACGAGCACGCGCCCCGCCGGGGCGAGAGAGGGCCCCCGGUGCGUCCGCGGAGAGCGCGGCAGCUCCGUCCCUGGCGGCGGGGGGGGGUCCGCCUCGAGGGGGAGCGCGUGCGCUCGGGGGCGUGCCGCUGCCAGGAGCGGCCACCGUCAGCCACGCGCAGAG